GCCUGGAGAGGUCAAAUCCAAUUUCAAGUUCUCGCUCCUUCUCCUCAUCAUGGUCUCACACACAUUUGUGUCGAUUCUAUCACGGAAAUGGAUCGGUUCAUCCAAAGAUCCAAACCCAACAAAAUCUUGGUGCAACCAGCAACUAGACCUCUUAUACCCGAGUUAGAGCAGAGACCAUAUGAGCCUCCGAGGAAAAGGGCCCGACUCGCUGAGGUGAAGAGCAGCGAUGAUGAGGAUGGAGACUCGUCUCCGGCCAUUUCGAAUGGAGAAGAGGAAGACUUGUUGGCCUUCAGGGGACAUACCUCAGGCGAGAGUCCACCCGCCUCUGAGGUCGAUCAGAGCGAUUCGGCCGGGCCAAAGCACGAAACAGCCUUCGAAAGCUCACUUCCUACUGUCGCCAUCGACAAUGAGGCUAUCGAAGAGUAUGAGACCAUGCAGGCAUCUCAGGCUUCUCAGGACAAGACGGAGGAGAAUGCUUCUUCUGGGACGGAUACCCGACAAUGGAUUCGAGGAAAGAGCUCCAUCUAUGUCGACGCGUUUAAUCUUGCCCUAGACACCGUUCUCGAGGACGAGUCACAUUUGUUUGAUGUCGGAGAGAAGUGUGUGUUUGAGCAGUGGCGAGGCUUGAGCUACGAGGCUCAGUAUCUGUACGUACGUCUGUUUUUGCGCAAAACCGCUUUCUGGCACCGUGUUGAGCGCUUGGGCUACCACAAUGAUAUCUCAAAUAUGCCAAUGGCCGUUGCUAGUCUGCUUGAGUCCCGGCCGUUGCUGGCUGAUACCAAUCCUCGACUGAAUGACAACGUUGGAGGCUCGCAUUGCUGGAAGUCGAAUGGCGCUUUUUGCUUUGCCGAUGAAUCCAACUCGUGCAUCAAGACCAUUGAGGAGGCUGCUUCUCUGCUGAGCCUUGACGAACUCAAAGCGCUUGCCAAGGAGGCUAAAGUCCAGGGCAAGAACAAGUCCGACCUCACCAAGGCUUUCUGCCGCGCGAGCGCCCAGCAGUCGGGUCUAAUGGCUGUAGGCCUCCGCUGGUCCAGUACGGACGAGUCAACAGCCUCCGGUGGCAGCCCAGGAAACCAAGACUCGAAUCGAAACACUCACUUCCUGAACAAAAUCCUUGCCAUUACUGGACCUCUCAUCAGGCUGUCAGAGCCCGUUUUCAAGUUGUUUGAACGUGUUCACUUGGUCUUUUACCGCUCAACAGAGUGGACUGAGAAGUCGCUCACAACCAUCAUCCUAGCCAAGAUGGCCCGACGAAACUACCCCGACUACAUUGUGUGCCGAUCAACCAACAUAUUCCCGUCCCGGCGGCACCUUCUCGAGUUCGAAGUCUCCAUGAGAACCGAGUUUGAAGUCGACAGCAUCCUAGAGUUCAACGGCCCACCUGGAGAGGAAGGCUUCCGCAAAAUUCUCGACGUCUUCGAAACCAUCGCGCCUCGUUGGAGAGAGCUGAUCAACGAAGAGAACGACAAAGAAAACCAUGUGUACGAGUUUGGUGAGGGUGGCUACCUUCGCCGAUUCAACGCAGGGCAUGCUUUCACGCGCAUUGCGCACAAGGCGGCCCAUGUUCUCGGCCGUCUACACAACUACAAGGAGGAGCAUCAACUGCUCACCGAGCUCCUCAACCAACGCCUAUUCCAUCCCGCACGCCGCGGCUUCUGGUACCAGCGCAGGGCAUUGCUCGAAGAACGGUAUAUGUGGGAGGCAGACCCUGAUCCUGUGUCGACUGACCCUGAGGUCCGGAAGAAACACUGGCAGCGAAUCGCAGUUACUACCUGCGAAACCGCUCUCGAGGACCGCGAUUGCCACCUGAUUUACCAUUAUGACUUACAGAAGCGCCUCAUCAAGCUAGAGAAGAGGUUACGGGUCCCUCGCCGCCUCCAACAUGACUUCGGGCACGUAAAGUUGCGUGAACCGGAAGAGCACACCGUGCAAGGCACUCAGGUGGUUCGAGACGAGCCAGAUGUCAAAGGGAAGGCAGGCCGCGGAACGAGCACCAAGACGAUAUGGCUUGACGAACUAGGCGACCCGGGCGAGGACGGCAAACCCCUCCGCGUCAGUGUUGAGGACAUGUGCCUGUCACAUUAUCGUAGCCAGGGAUGGAAGGGGUAUCACAGCGAGGGGGGCAUUCUACGAACGCUGUUUGCCUAUCUGUUUUACGAUGUCCUUUUCGUUUACAUACCGAACGUCUUCCAGACGCCUUUCCAGACUUGUCCACUCGAUCUCCACACCGAUGCCUUCUACCCGGCUCGGACGAGCCAAAUCAACCAUAGACUUGUCGAGAUCGCCAACGGAGAGGCCGAGCGGAUACUACGAGAUGUUCAUGAGCGAGAACACGAGCGCCGCACCUGCGUCGUGGGGCUAAAUUGGGACUUCGAGGUUGACGACUUGGCCGAUUUAGUGGCCUGUUUCGACGGAGGGGCGCUUGCUACCGUGUGCAAGGUUAUGGCGCAAGAGUACAGGGCUCGGGGAGGCGGCGUACCGGACCUCAUCCUGUGGCGGACGGGCGGAGACGAUGGCGAGGGCGGUUAUCGAAAAGGGGAGGUUAUGUUUGCCGAAGUCAAGAGCGCCAACGACCGGCUCAGCGACACUCAGCGCCUGUGGAUCAAUGUCCUCACCGGGGCGGGAGUCCGCGUUUCCCUGUGCAAUGCGAUAGCUCGAGAUGUGCGAGCGAGCUGAUCGAGGCACCAACCUCCUCGGUGUCGCCGGGCGAAUGGUUGACUCUUCCCGCCAACGAACAGGCUGAAAAUAGCAACCUCAUCUCCGAGCCUCAGGCCAUGUGUGACCAAAGCCUUUUCCUGCCUCGGCCCGGGAUAGCCUCAAGGACAUCGAGGCAUCCUUGCGCUCG